AUGAUCAAAUCAAUUGCCUCAUUCUUUGUGGUCGUUCUUUUCAUUGCCUCCUUGUCAUUGUGCUUGGAUUUCACUCCUCAAUCCACAACUCCAGAAACCAUCUCCGAAUGGCAAAAUUACUUCCUUCGACUGAUCCAUCAAGUGAAUUCGAUCGAUUCGACUCGGCAACCAUUCAACACGCCAGGACGACUCGGUCGAACUUGGUUGGCUGCUCCGAAUCGGUUCACACAAUUUCCACAAAAUUAUUUAAAAUUAAUUCAAAAUCGUGGCAUGUUGUCGAGUCGAAAAGAUUUGAUUGAAAAAUUUUCUUUGUUUUCGAUCGAUCAAAUUGGAAAAUUUGGUUUUGAGCAUUUGAGAGUGGUGAAUGAAUUAUUGAAACGAGCAGAACGAAAUUCGGAGGAAAUUGAAGAAUUUAGAAAUAAUGUUGAAGAAUUGAGAAGGAUACAACUUGAGAGGAAUAUUCCAGAGACAUUUGACAGUCGAGUACAAUGGCCUUCUUGUAUUCAUCCCAUUCGAGAUCAAGGAAAUUGUGGCUCCUGUUAUGCUUUUGCUUCAACUGAGGUCAUGAGCGACCGAUUUUGUAUCUUUUCAAAUUCAAGUGUGAACGUGGUCCUCUCUCCUCAAGAUUUAAUUUCAUGUUCUUGGUAUUCAUUUGGAUGUGAUGGAGGAAUUCCUGGUCUCGUAUUUGAUUAUAUUCACAAAGAUGGAGUCGUGUCAGAUGCAUGUCUUCCUUAUUUAUCCUAUAAUGGAAAUACAGAACAUCAUUGUCCUUCGUAUUGUUUCAAUAACUCUUCCAAAUUAUUGAAAGAUGACAAGUAUUUUGCAAAAUCUGUCUAUCAUGUUGGAUCUUUUAUUGAAAACAAGGAAGAACGAAUGGUAGCCAUUCAACAAGAAAUUUUACAAAACGGACCUGUGAAUGCAGAUUAUAUGGUCUUUCAAGAUUUCAUGACCUAUAAAAGUGGAGUGUAUCGACAUUUGACAGGAAGCUUUUCUGGAAUUCACGCUGUGAAAAUUAUUGGAUGGGGUGUGGAAAAUGAUAUUCCUUAUUGGUUAGUUGCAAAUAGUUGGGGAACGAAUUGGGGUUUUGAUGGUGGUCACUUUAAAAUUUUGAGAGGUCAUGACGAAUGUGGAAUUGAAUUCUCAAUUUAUACGCUGCUUCCAGCAUUGUAA